AUGUCCAUUUUCAAUGGGAAAACAAUUCUUGCCCCAAUGGUGCGUGUUGGGACCGUCGGUUUCCGAGUUUUCUGUGCAGCGCAGGGGGCUGACAUUGUGUUUUCUGAGGAGGUGGUGGCCUCCAAACUGAUUCGCUGCAAGCGGGAGGUCCGUACGUACACUGGCUGCCCCUGUUCCAUGGUUGAGUUUGUUUCGUAUGAACCAUAUAAGAAUAAGUUCAAGCGAAGCAUUGCCUUCGCUACAGUGGCGCGUGGUGGAUGCAACUCGCAAGGGGAGGGGGCGCCGGUUGUGCUGCAGUUGGGUGUGGCCGAACCGGCCAUUGGUGCGCGUGCAGCGCUGCUAUGCGUAGACGACGUGGAUGGCAUCGACGUAAACAUGGGGUGUCCCAAAAAGUUUAGUGUUGACAAUGGAAUGGGUGCGGCACUCAUGCGGGACCCUGCGCGAGCUGCGGCUAUACUUGUCGCUGUUGAUGAGGCGGUUAACAGCCCCGAGAAAGUCGUGGCCCGUCGCCGACGGGUUCCCAUUAGUUUUAAAACCCGGCUUCUUGAUACGGCUGAUGCUACGGCGCAAAUGCUACUAUCUGUGAUGGAGGGGGUAGGCCCCGAUCGUGUUCAUGCAAUAACUUUGCAUGCCCGCACGCCUGAUCAACUGCCCGAUUCACCCCCACACUAUGAGCGAGCUGCGGCAACAAUCAGCCAACUCCGUAGUCACAAGUUGUUUUCAAAGGUCUGUUUCGUUCUUAAUGGAUCUAUAUCAUCUAGGGGUGACGGCAGGCGUAAGGCUGCGCAGUUUGGUUUCGAUGCCGCCAUGAUUGCCCGCCACGCCAUGUUGGAUAUGAGUGUCUUUUCGAAGGUGUCGUCCGAACCACGGGAAGACCCCGGUGACGACCGGGAACCUUGUACGGAUUUUAUGGCCACUCCAAUGGCAUGUGCGUCAUGGAUGGAAUUGUAUCGAGGUUUGUUGCGGCACCAUGUGAUCUACCGGACACCGUAUGUGUACACGAAAUAUCACUUGACGAGAAGUGUGCCUAACAUUACGGCGUUAAAACACUUGAUGAUUGCACUUCAGCGGGAAACAAACUGCUAUGAGGAUGCAGCCAGGAUAUUUGGUCUGUCUGUGGAGGAGCAGCAGUCUAUGCAAGGUGUGUCGGAAGCAGAAUUGCUGUCGUCUCUUCCUGUGGAGGAACAGGAUCUUAAUGAAGCGAAGUUGUUGAUUGGUGAAACAACCGGCGUCGAUGGGGACAGCCAUGUGGAGGGGAUUCAUCGGCUUUCUAAAAAGCACAAGGGAGAGGCGGAGAUGGGUCGGUAA